UGUUUUCCUUCCUUUCCUUCUUCUAUCUAUCUCUAAGCACUACCCCUCCCCCGCAAUUGAAGGUUCUCUUCGUCGCUCAUCGAUCUCAGAUUCGAAUAUUUUUUUCUUCUUGGCAUAGCGAUUACAGAUUCUAGGGUUUCGAAUUACUUGUUUCCCAAUCGACUCUUUCUCCUUUUUGAUUUGCGGGGCGAAAUUUGCCCUUAGGGUUUCGAAGAUUCCGAAUCUGUGGACGGAGGCAAUUUCGACGUUUUCUUGAGCUGCUGCAAAGAUGUUCUGGCGAAUGGCGGGAUUAUCAACGGCGUCUGCCGUGAGUUUUCUUCUUCUCCCUGACCUAUUUUCUUUUUUAAUAAACGAUCGUAUGUGUAAUUUAUGUGGGAGAAUAAUAAGGCACGAGAAGAGUGUUCGCUGUUUGUUUUCUUGUUGAUGGAUUUAACGCUUUUUGGGGUUGUGGACGGAUGUAUUGAGGUUUCUUUUCUGUGGGAUUUGGUAGCAUCCUCUGUUUCUUUAGACGAAUAUGUUGCAGGGAGGUGAAGGGAUUUAUAUGGUUUCUGGUGUGUCUUGCUGGUAGUCUACAUUUCCUACACUAGUUUGUACAACGGAGGUGAAAUGUUGAGUGAAGAGAUUAGAGAAGAUUUUUGACAGAUGAAAGUCUUCCCCUGGUUGAAGCAAUUUUGGACAAAGAUAGUUUCACAUUAGAGGAACUUCUUGACGAGGAUGAGAUUAUUCAAGAAUGCAAAGCCCUGAACGGAAAACUCUUGAAUUUCUUGAGAGAAAGAGUGCAAGUGGAACAACUUAUUAGGUACAUAAUAGAGGAGCCUCUCGAGGAUGUUGAAAAGAAGCGAACUUUCAAGUUUCCUUUCAUUGCCUGUGAAAUAUUUACAUGUGAGAUUGAAAUGAUACUGAAAACACUAGUAGAGGAUGAGGAGUUGAUGCUAUUGCUGUUUUCGUUUUUGGAAGCUAAAGAAACCCAUAACUCAUUGCUUGCCGGGUACUUCAGCAAGGUUGUCAUUUGUUUGCUGGUGCGGAAGACGAUUCCUUUCAUGCAAUUUAUAAAAGAUCAUCAAGACAUACUGAAGCAGCUUGUUGAUUUGAUUGGUACUACAUCUAUAAUGGAGGUUUUAAAACGUCUGGUUGGUACUGAUGAGCACCUAUAUUCAAACUACACAAGUGCAAUGCAGUGGGUAGAAGAUACAGAUGUUCUAGAGAUGAUUGUGGAUAAGUUUGGCUCCUCGGAGUCUCCCGAAGUACAUGCCAAUGCAGCUGAAAUUCUUUGUACUGUAGCAAGAUACGCACCCCCUGGUCUUGCUACAAAACUUUCCAGCCCCAGUUGCACUGGAAGGUUGUUGAAACAUACUUUAGAAGAUUCACGGCCCAAGUCUGUUCUCGUUAAUUCAUUGUCUGUAUGCAUAUCUCUGCUGGAUCCUAAGAGGUUUACAAUGGGGACUUAUCAUAUAUAUGGUCGUCAACUAACCCAUGGAAGCAUAGCAACUAAUCCUGAGACAGUGGAGGGAAUGCUUGGAAGCCUAGGUGAUUUACUUAAGCUUUUGAAUGUUUCAUCUGCUGAGGGUAUUCUGUUAACAACGUAUGGCAAGUUACAACCACCUCUUGGAAAACAUAGAUUAAAGAUUGUAGAGUUUAUUUCAGUCUUACUCACCGUCGGUAGUGAAGCAGCAGAAAAAGAAGUAAUUCGACUUGGGGCGGUGAAAAGAGUGUUGGACUUGUUCUUCGAGUAUCCCUACAACAAUUUUCUGCAUCACCAUGUGGAGAAUGUAAUUCUCUCAUGUUUAGAGAGCAAAAACUCUCAACUUGUUGACCAUCUUCUCAGUGAGUGCAAUCUUAUUGGGAGUAUACUAGAGGCGGAAAAGGACUCAACAUUAACUGCUAGUGAUUCUGAUAAGCUUCAGCCUACUGUCCCUGCAGAGGGUAGAAAGCCACUCAGGACUGGAAAUAUUGGUCAUUUGACUCGUAUCUCGAACAAACUUCUUCAGCUAGCUAAUAGUAAUGUCGAAAUUCAGUCUCAUUUGCAGGAAAAUAGCAAAUGGGUGGACUGGCAGACAGAUGUCUUGUCAAAGCGUAAUACAUUGGAAAAUGUGUACUCUUGGGCCUGCGGGAGGCCAACUUCACUCCAUGAUCGUAGUAGAGAUAGUGAUGAUGAUGAUUACCACGAUAGAGAUUAUGAUGUGGCAGCCCUAGCAAACAAUUUGAGCCAGGCCUUUCGAUAUGGAAUUUACAGCAACGAUGACAUGGAUGAGGCCCAAGGCUCUAUGGAACGCGAUGAUGAGGAUGUCUACUUUGAUGAUGAAUCUGCAGAAGUCGUCAUAUCUUCCUUGCGUCUUGGAGAUGAUCAGGAGAGUGAUUCUCUCUUCACAAAUUCAAACUGGUUUGCAUUUGAUGAUGUUAAAGAUGCGAACGAGCGCUCAGUGAGCUCAAUUGCGUCCCCUUCACCCAAUGCUGAUGGAGAUGGUGAGGAUGGUGAUGUCGUCAUAGGUGAAGCCGAUGAAUUCAACGACACUGCAGCCUCUUCCCCAUCUGUUGAUAUGGAAACAGAGGAUUCUACAUCAAAGCAUCCUUCUGAAAACCCUAGUGAACCAGAACCUGAAAAGUCACCUGCUUGGGUUGAAUGGAGAGAGACCUCUGAGUCCACUUCGCCUUCUUCCAGCCCAGAUGAAGCUACUAUAUUGUCCAAUGGUGAUGUUCAAAUUGAAAAAGAGGACAAUGGCGAUGAUACUGAUAACAAAAGUGCAGAGGAUUCACCAGGUGCAUCGGGCAAUGGAACCAAAGAGAAGUUGCCAGAUGGGAGUGGUGUUGAACCCACUGAGAGCUCACCGAAAGCUAGUGAUGUGGAACACACUGAGAGCUCAGCAAAAGCAAGUGGUACUGCAAUAACCGAGAACUUGAGAGAUCUCGGUCCUGCUGAGACGUAUGCGGAUGCUGAAUGCUCUGAACCUAAAAGCCCCCAGGAAACGAAAGAAACAGAGGUUGCAGCUGAAGCAGAUGCCAAAGAAACCAAAGAAGCUGUGAAGGAACCCGAGAAGGUGUAGCUUGCGUUAAGGGCUUUACACAACCGGGUCUCUUUAACUAGCAAAACAAGUUCCUGCUGAUGCUUUUGGUCGAGGCCUUAGUCUGUUUUGGGUACAAUUUAUUAUUCUUUUUUCUCUUUUCCUUGUUUGUUGUUUUUACUCUUCAUUGUAUCAUUUUUAAAUCCGGUCUCUAUUAUUCAAAACAUUAUUGUCGACCCGAAAAAAUUGUUACAAGCUUUUCAUACUUGUUUGAGUUUUUUUUA